AUUGUAGAAGCUUGGCAGGCGGAUUUGUAGUUCGUGAAUGUAAAUUUUUUAAUAAAAAUCAGUGUAAUUUGAUACGAUCUCAACGUUAUGGGCCGGCGAAAAAGUAAACGGAAGCCACCGAGUAAAAAGAAAGCCAUUCAACCAUUAGAUACACAGUUCAAUUGCCCUUUUUGCAAUCAUGAGAAAUCAUGCGAGGUUAAGAUGGAUAAGUCAAGAAAUACUGCUAGAAUUACCUGCAGAGUCUGUUUAGAAGAUUUUCAGACUACUAUUAACUUGCUUUCAGAGCCUUUAGAUGUAUAUAACGAUUGGAUUGAUGCAUGCGAGAGUGCAAACUGAACAACUGAAAUUUAUUGUCAGAAGUAUCAGCAAAAAUUAAUGCUGAUAGUUUGAUGUUUCUCAAACAAUUAAACAUUUUUGUAUAGCAAAGAUAGCAUAGUUUGACAUUUGUUAUUAAAUUAUCAGCAAUUGCAUAUACUUUGACAUAAAUGAAUGGACAUGAGAAUUUAUUUUACUUGUAUUUUAAUGUUAUAUUAAGAUUUGACGUUUAUUUUGCUAUAUUAUACUAAGGCUUACUGCAUUAACUUUAAUAUUUACAUAGUUAUACACAUAUUUCUUAUACUUAUUGACUAAGUAUAUGUAUAUACAUGAAUUUAUCUUGAGUAUAAUAAGAAUACUAUGAUUUGUGUAAGUGGAACAUAAACACAUGACAUGUUUUUAUUUUGUAAAUUGUGAUACACAGUAUUGUAA